AUGGCAAAAGCACUAGUUGAGGUUAUUCCUGAAACUUACCAUGGCUUAUGUACAUGGCACUUGAUGCAGAAUGGCAUCAAGCACUUAGGCAAUUUAAUGAAGGGGGAAUCACAUUUUCUUAGUGACUUUAAGAAAUGCAUGUAUGGCUAUGAUGAUGAAGAACAAUUUGAGGAAGGUUGGAGAAACCUCCUUGAAAAGUUUGAUGUUAAGGAAAACACUUGGUUGCAAAGAGUGUAUUCUGUGAGGGAAAAAUGGGCAUCUUGUUACCUGAAGAAGGCUUUCACAUUGGGAAUGCGAAGCACCCAACUUAGUGAAAGUGUGAAUGCUGAUAUUAAAAGUUUUAUCAAUGUGAAUUUGGAUCUUAUCAAGUUUUUUAAUCGUUUUGAGGAUGUUGUAGAAGAAAAACGGUAUAAUGAAUUGAAGUGUGAAUAUGAAGCACGUCAAAAAAUUCCAAGACUCAAGAACCCAUAUUCUGAUAUCUUGAAACAAGUGUCUGAGCUUUAUACUCCUACUAUUUUUGAGUUAUUCCAACAUGAGUAUGAGUUGUUUGAAGCAUGUUCUGUUAAGAGCAUAAAUGUAAAAGCAUCAUUAGUUGAUUGUGUUAUUGUCAUGGUAAAGGAUUUGGGAGAAUGGAAAGUGUCAUUUGAUUUGGAUAAAAAGAUAAUUCAUUGCUCUUGUUGUAAAUUUGAGACAUUUGGCAUACUUUGUUGUCAUUGUCUAAGAGUCUUUAUUCAUAUGGAUGUUAAAUCAGUGCCUGAGCAAUAUAUCCUGAAGAGGUGGACAAAGUUAGCAAGAAGUGUGUCUUUACCUAAUGUUAGUGUUCGUCAUGUAGUAGAAGAUUCUCAAUUGACUUCAACACAACGUCGUAGAGACAUUUGUCCCCGUCCUAUGAGGGUAGUUGAUGAAGCAAGUAGGAGUCAAGAAACAUACACGUUGUUGAGCAAAAAUUUACUAAUUUAUUGGACAAGGAAAUGUUAG